UGCCGAGCCUUGCGGGCUCCUCCUUUUCCACACAGGGCCCUUGCGGCCCGCGGGGUGCUGGGGUUGCUGUGCUGCCGCCGGUCCCGCCCGGCCCCGCCGCGCCCGGGGUCACCGAAGCCGCGAAGCCACUGCAGGGAGCGCGGGUUCCUCUCGGUUUCUCCUCUCGGUGCCCCCGGGGGGGUUUGGCCGUUUGUCCCGCUCGGAGCGGAGGCACCGGGAGCAUCCCUGGGGGAAAGGGGUACGGGAGGGAUAAGCUGAGGCUCUGUAAAAUGGCUUUACGCUUCCGUGAUGUUAUGAUCUAUGCCGUACCUGGAGCAGUGGGACUUCUUGGCUGCUGGUGGAUCUAUUCCCAUAGAAAAAGGCAUGCAAGCUAUCAUGACAAACAAGCAAUAGACACUGAAGAGCAGCAGGAAGUGCUAGAGAAUGAUUCAUCACCCAAGCCAGCAGUAUGUGUUCCUCGAAGACUGCAUCUCUUGUCGGAAGAGGAAUGCCCAGAGAAUGAAACCUCGACCUACCUGCUGUCAGCAGGGUCGAUGACGCCCUCUCUCCUGUGCCAGUCUCAUGGGAGGCUAGAUCUCUCGCAGGACCUUCCAGACCUGUCAGCAAUGACAAUUCACCCCAGCACCCUUGAGGACGACAGUGAAAAACUAGAAACAGUAGGAUUUCAAGAUGAAAGCGGUUUCCCUGCUUGUGUUUCUCUCCCUCUGAUCUCAAAGAGCACAGAGUGUGACAGCAGUGCUGCAGUGAGCCUUGUACUGGAUUCAAGCUCUAGUGCAAACCAAGAUCAGUGGCCAUCAGAAUCGGUGACACUGACACAAAAGUCUUUGGGGAUCAUGGAGAUCAGCAAUGCAGAGCAAUCAGAUGAUUCUUCACUUAAGCCCCCUAAGGAAAGCCAGAUGCCAGAAAUGGUCCUGUCUGGUACUGGCUCUGUGACCGCUGUUUCCUUGGGACUGGAGAAAAAAGCCCAUGCCCCACAAGCCUUUCUCGACAAUGAAGUUGUAUCAAGUCAUAAGGAUUCUGCAGUGAGCACGUUACCGGAUAGUUUGGAGUCUGUCUGUUUGGAGCAGACCAGGGAUGAAAAGUCUGAGUCAAUUGCCGGUACUGUACCUGUGUGUCAUGAGGAGGACACACAGCCAAAAGGAGAUGAAUUGGAAAGAGAGAAGAUUGGAGGACUAUGUUUGGACAAGGAAGAAGUUGGGAAAAUCGAACAAGUAGCAAUACACAUCAUUUCCAAGGUGAUUUUGGCAGCAACUGAGGAAGUGCUGUCUGGUUCUGUAAGUGAUGUGUCUACUCGGAUCUGCCAGGCUGCCGCCAGCCGAGUUGAGAGACCUCUGGUGUUGGCAAGUGUUUCCUCUGAUCAGAUGCUUGCAGAAGAAGCUACCAUAGCCAAUGAGAACAUUGCUGCACAGAGUGAUGCUGCAGUGCUGACACACCCACAGACGAAGGAACGGGAUCAGAGUGUGACAGGUUCUGGCUGUUUAACACAUGGCUGUUUGUCCAUCACUCUUCAAGGAGACACUGGAGACUGUGGGGUAAAGAACCGUGUGUGCAGUGAGGGAGUGCUGUCUGGCUUGCUAAGUGAUGUGUCCACUCGGGCCUGCCAGGCUGCUGCCAGCUGCGUUGAGACUCCUCUGGAGGCGGCAAGCAUUCUUAGCUCUGAUCAGGUGCUUGUGGAGAAAGCUACUGUAGUUAAUGAGAACAUUGCUGCACAGAGUGAUGCUGCAGUGCUGACAUCCCUGCAGACAGAGGAACGGGAUCAGUGUGUGGCAGAUUCCAGCUGUUUAACACAUGACCGUUUAUCUGGCCUUGUUCAGGGAGGCACGAAGGACUGUGGGAUGAAGAAUGUUGUGUGCAGUGAAUCCCAAGGAGUUGAUUGGACUCAUGUGGAAAACCAUGGAGGAUCCCUGGAAAAGUCACCUUUGGUUAUGGAGGACUCUGGGUACAGCACAUACACAUCAGAAUGUGGGACGAGUGUGGAGGACCCAUUGCCGAAUACAAUGCUGUCUGGCACAUCAGGCCAGCAUUCGGACUCACUGAGCAUAUCUGCCACCCAAGACACAUUUGCCGAGCAGAGCUCAGUACCAAGUGACAAAACUUCUGCUCUGAAGCUACCUGAAGACAGCAUAGUGCCAUACAGCAAUGGAGUACUGAAAGAGGAUGGUCCAGACUUGUGUAGUGAGUGUACCAAGGCAGUAGGGAUGGAUGGAGAUCACUUGGAAGGUUCGGAUGUAAAUAGAAUGGAUUUUGUGGACAGCGGCUGUGCUAUGAGGAAGACAAUGACUCACCAGAACUCUAAGCUAAGAGGACAAUCCAGCAAGUCUGACGUCAUUAUCUGGGAAAUAGAGGUCCCAAAGGACUUAGUUGGCCGUUUGAUUGGCAGACAAGGAAGAUUUAUGAGUUUCCUGAGGCAAGCGUCUGGUGCCAAAAUUUAUGUCUCAACACUACCUUAUUUCCGUGACUCCCAAGUCUGCCACAUCGAAGGCUCCCCACAGCAAGUAGACAAAGUACUGAACCUGAUUGGCCAGAAGUUCAAAGAGCUGUCUCUCAGUAACAUCUAUGGUCUACCUCCACCAGCUCCGCUAACGCUUCAUUCCCUCCUAAUGACUGCCUGGCUGUUCCUCCCAGAUGGAGUCACCGUAGAGGUGGUCGUGGCACACCAGAUCAAUGCAGGGCACAUGUUUCUGCAGCAGCAUACGCACCCCACUUUCCAUGUCCUGCGCAGCCUGGACCAGCAGAUGUAUGCCUGCUAUUCUCAACCUGAAAUCCCAACACUACUGACUCCGGUAGAAGUUGGUAUUAUCUGUGCAGCCCCAGGCCUGGAUGGGGCAUGGUUACGGGCUCAAGUUGUUAACUACUUUGAAGAGACCAAUGAGGUAGAGCUCAGAUACGUGGACUAUGGAGGAUAUGAGAAAGUGAAGAUCGACACGCUCAGACAAAUCAGGUCUGAUUUCUUAACACUACCUUUCCAAGGAGCAGAAGUUUUACUAGACAACGUGAUGCCACUUCCAGAUGAGGAUCACUUUUCAUCUGAAGCUGACGCUGCUGUUAGUGAGAUGACCAGAGGUGCAGUCCUAGUGGCGCAGGUCACAAACUAUGACAGUGCGACAGGUCUGCCAAUGAUACACCUGUGGAACUUGACAGGAGAUGAGGUGGUGUCAGUAAACAGAACUCUGGUGGAAAGAGGACUUGCUCGGUGGCUGGACUACUAGCAAUGUCCAAGAUGCCGCGACAACUCUUUCUGCAGAGAAAAACAAAAGAAGAAAUCUUGUUUUGCACUGUUACAAUUCGGUUUGGCAACGUCUCAUAAGAAAUCUUUACACCAGAGUGCAGAGUCUUGUGGUCCAUUGAAACAUGUUUUGCUCAACUGUUACUAUUUCACUAGAAACAUGUACCUCAUCUCAGUGAAAGGCGGGGUGUUAAAAGCCAUACUGACAGAUACUGUAGCUUUAAAGCAAAAAGUCCUCCCUGGCCUCCACUCAAAGAAUGGAAAAAAAAACCUUAAAAGCUUGGGGCUUGCUUGAAGCAAGCAAAUGCCCCUGAAAUGUUAAUUGUGAUUGCGUUUUUGUUCAAGAUGUAUAAUGUCCCAUCAACUUAGUAUCUGCUUCUCCUCCAAGUCAUAUCGGUUGUCACUUUUUUAACAGGCUCUACCUAUGAAAUUAAUGAAUAUUAAUAAGGGAUUUAGUGUUCAGUUACAUUUUUUCUGUAUUGUGCCACUAACCUGUACAAACAAUAUUCAUCUUGUGUCUUCCUUAUGCCGGGAGGUAGAUGAAUUGCAUUCGUUGCACUUCCUGUGGCACGUGUCUCACUGCAGUCAUGGUUUUUAGGCUUGAGAUGCUUAAGGAAGAAAGCUUCUCUGUGAAGAUGUUUGAAGUGCAGGAUAUGUUACCACUACAUUUUUUUUUGCUCUGAAAUGUCAUGUAUUUAAAGAACUGAUUGCCAAGCCCAAUUGUAGUUUAUAUUUUUCUAGCUGUGCAAAUCUGUAAAUAUAUAUAAAAAAUUGUAAUAUUUUGUACAAGAAAAACACUGGAAACAAAGGGAACUUUACAGAAACUUUUUCACACCAAAACGUCCUAUGUAGGUAGAACUGGUUUGGAGUGCGUUAGGGUAGCCAACGUAUUUGGAGCAUCUGAAUGUUGUGACUGUUUCAGCUCUGCUGUAUACAGGAUUAGCAUUCCCCUAGGUUGCUGUCUGGUUUGAAUUGUGAUCACUGCAUUCUUUGCUAUGUUGCUGUACAGAUAUGUUUAAAAAAAAAAGUAACAACUUGGCAUUAAUAUUGCAGUGGUGUUCUCUCUCAGUUUUUUUUUUCCUCCUUUUUAGAUUUCUAUCACAUUUAAAAUUUUGCUCAAGUAAUUUAAGCUGACUUAAUAUUCCUAAAAAUAUGCCCUCUAAUGUGUAUCAUUUUGGAUAUGUAUUGAGCUGAGAUUUGUUGCUGGCUGAGAAGAUACUUGCCAGGGAAAUGUUGAUGUAGUCAGUCCUCAGAAGUUUUUUCAGGUGGAUUGAAGGAUGUUCUCACAUCCUAUGAGCUAACAUGUCAGUACCUCACACAUUUGGAUAGUUGCCUACAAAAGCAUUUGGCCCAAUCCCUUCUGGUUUGGUACGGUCAUAUCCUUUUUUUGAGUUCUCUCCUAUUCGGUGCUUAUGAUUUCUUGUUUAUGUUUGCAGUAACGUCCAAUGAAAACUAAAUUUGGUAAAUCCGUUAAAUCUAUAAAACAUAUAUCCUCUUGGAAUGUUUCUUUCCCUUUCAAUUAAAGUACGAAUUUUAAGCUGUCUUAAA